GUUUUUUAGUGCGAGAGAAAAAAAAUAAGGCGGAACUAGCGCACUCAGGCUAACAGGCAGACAAAACAAUGGUUCUAUACAGCUAGUUUGGAAUUCCUUUGGGCUGAGUUUGUGUGUUGUAGUGGUGAGGCAUGCCGAGCGGUGUGGAGUACGGCGAGCUGGGGGAGAGUCUGCCCGCUAUCUCCUCUCUGAACACUUCAUACUCACGGGCGUCUCUGUCAGCUCACUCCAGUCAUUACGUCCCCCUGCCCCCUACCGAAAGGAGACGCAUCUCAGACGUCCGCCGCACCUUCUGCCUCUUCGUGACCUUUGACCUCCUAUUCAUCUCACUACUUUGGAUCAUCGAGCUGAAUAUUAAUAAGAGUAUCUGGCUGAAUCUGGACAAGGAAGUCGUUCGCUAUGAUUUCAGAUCCUCCUUCUUUGACAUUUUUCUGUUGGCGGUUUUCAGGUUUUUGUGUUUACAGAUUGCAUAUGCUGCUUUUAAACUGAGACAUUGGUGGGUCAUCGCGAUCACAACUCUGGUGACGAGCGCCUUCCUUAUAACCAAAGUCAUUGUUUCAGAUUUACUAACAGAGAAUGCGUUUGGUUACGUCAUCCCCAUCACCUCAUUUGUCGUGGCCUGGCUGGAAACCUGGUUUCUUGACUUCAAGGUGCUCACUCAGGAGGCGGAGGAUGAGAGAGCGUACCUGGCAUCGGUGAAUGCGGCGUGCGAAAGCGGCCAUUUGUUUUACCCCAGAGCCGUAUCAGACGGACAGUUUUACUCCCCGCCAGAGUCCCUCGCAGGUUCUGAUGAGGAUCUUGAUGAAGAAGGUCUAGGUAGAAAAGCAGUGACUUCACAGGAGAGGGAGUUUGUGCGACAGGGCCGCGAGGCGAUGGCUGUGAUGGAGCAGAUCCUCUCACAGGAGGAGAACUGGAAAUUCGAGAAAAACAAUGAUAUUGGUGACUGUGUUUACACACUGGAAAUUCCUUUUCAUGGGAAAACCUUCAUUCUAAAGGCAUUACUGCAGUGUUCAGCUGAGUUGGUGUAUCAGGAAGUGAUUCUGCAGCCGGAGAAGAUGGUGCAGUGGAACAGAACGAUAUCAGCGUGUCAGAUAUUACAGAGGGUGGACGAUAACACGAGUGUGUCAUAUGAUGUGUCCUCAGGAGCAGCAGGAGGAGUCGUGUCUCCCAGGGAUUUUGUGAACGUGCGCAGAGUGGAGAGGAGACGAGAUCGCUACAUCUCUGCUGGAAUGGCUACGGUUCACAGCUCCAAAUCCCCGCACCCCCGCUACGUCCGAGGUGAAAACGGUCCCGGUGGGUUUGUUGUGUUAAAGUCCAGCUCUAAUCCAUCACUCUGUACCUUCAUCUGGGUUCUGAACACUGACCUCAAGGGUCGACUCCCUCGUUAUCUGAUCCAUCAGUCACUGGCUGCCACUAUGUUCGAGUUCAUGUCUCACCUCCGUCAGCGCAUCGCAUCUUUCCGCUGACCCAAGGAGCGUGACCAGGUCGGGGUAGACACCGCCCACUCUGAGUGAAGGAGAUGUGCUGCCCCCUUCAGGCUGGGAGGAGGAAACACACACUUAAAACACACACAGACUCUAAUGAAGAAAUAAGAAACUGCAAAGACUGCAUAUGAACCUGAAGAACGUUUCUCUUUAUCGCGUUCUCUCUGAUUGAAUAAAUCUGAUACCUCUUUUGUGUGUGUGUGUGCGCGUGCGCUGCGAUAGGAGAACUAAUGUAGGUUACAUACAGGCAGGAAGAGUCCAGAACAACAGUGCUGUAACAGAAAACAUGCAUAAUUAUUAUUAUUAUUGUUAUU